CAAAAGAUAAUGCUCUACAAAGAAGAGACAGAUCAUAUAAUAUAAAAGCAGCAAUAAUUCUUUAAGGCCGGCAACUAAUCUUCUAUAUGUACUACAUAAUUUGUCUAUAUAGCUUUGUACUUUCAACUGAAGUAGAAGCAGAAUGGGUCUGCAAUUGGCAUCUGCGCUCAUUUUCUUGCUGUUGCAAAUAAUGUCAUCAGAAUUAUCGGGUUUACCAAUGAAGAGCUGUGAAUCUCAAUGUGGCGACAUUGAUAUCCAGUACCCAUUUGGUAUUGGACCCAAUUGUUCCAUGAACGAUUGGUUUGUGAUUGUUUGCAAUGGAACUGCCAAUAAUCGGAGAGCUUUCAUAAGCAGCAUCAACCUGGAGGUGGUAGACUUUUUAUAUGAAAGAAGCCGCCUGCGAGUUAAAAGCCCAGUAAUUUCCAUCAAUUGUACGGUGCAUAACUCUGGCCGAGUCGUGGAUUUGAGACGGACUCCUUUCACCAUCUCUAACUACAACAGAUUUACCGUUGUGGGCUGCAAAAACCGUGUUUUGCUGACUUAUGCUGAUCCAGACAUUGUUGGUUGCCAGCCGACCUGCGACAAAAAGCUUAAACCUCAGGGAAAAAACCCUCCAUGCUCUGGCAACAAAUGCUGCCAGACCGCAAUCCCUUAUUAUCUCCAGGUAUUUAACCCGAGAUUUGAGAACGUGAAUGUCAGGAAAGGCAAAAGGGGAUGCAAGCUAGCCUUCAUAGUGGAAAAUAUUUGGUUCAAGUCUAACAUAAAAGAUCCCUAUAAGGUGCAAGAGAUGGAAUAUGUUCCAAUGCUGGUGGAUUGGAAGAUCAAUGCAACAGCCUUGGAAUCGCUUGGAAUAAAUAAGAAAACCACAAACUGGGCUUUUAGGUACUACAAUGGAUUUGAUUUCCCGUAUCCCAACAACAGUAUGUUGAUGUGCCGGAAAGGUUAUGCUGGCAAUCCGUAUCUACCCGAUGGUUGCCAAGACGUUGAUGAAUGCUUGGAUUUGGAAGUGCGAAGUCGGUGCAGUGGAAAGUGCAUAAAUACGAAUGGUUCAUACAGAUGCGAAGCCCAAAAAUCAUGGAUUAUCAUUUUAGGUAGCAGCAUGGGCUUUGUUGUAUUAAGCCUUCUUUUUACUUCAUGGUGGUUAUCUAAAUUCAUCAAAAAACGAAAAAGCAUCCAACGUAAGAAAAAAUUCUUCAAGAGGAAUGGUGGCUUAUUGUUAAGGCAGCAAGUAUGUUCAAGUGAAGCCAAUGUUGAGAAGACGAAAAUCUUCAGUUCAAAGGAACUAGAAAAGGCAACCGAUCGCUUCAAUGUGAAUAGAAUUCUUGGUCAGGGUGGCCAAGGAACUGUUUACAAAGGAAUGUUGGUAGAUGGAAGAAUUGUUGCAGUUAAAAAGUCUGAGAAAGUAGACCAAUCAAGAAUUCAAGAAUUCAUUAAUGAGGUUGUCAUUCUUUCACAAAUUAACCACAGGAAUGUUGUAAAGCUUCUUGGAUGUUGCUUGGAGACUGAUGUUCCUUUACUUGUCUACGAAUUCAUCCCUAAUGGAACCCUUUUUCACUAUCUGCAUCACCAAAAUGAGGAGUUCCAAUUAUCUUGGAAAAUGAGAUUGCAGAUAGCUAUAGAAGUUGCUGGAGCACUUUCCUACUUGCAUUCAGCUGCAUCUAUACCAAUUUACCAUCGAGAUAUUAAGUCUACAAACAUUCUUUUGGAUGAAAAGUAUAGAGCAAAAGUAUCAGAUUUUGGAACUUCGAGGUCCAUUCCGAUUGAUCACACUCAUCUCACCACCCGCGUACAAGGCACUUUUGGAUAUUUAGAUCCAGAGUAUUUUCAGUCGAAUCAUUUUACAGAAAAAAGUGAUGUUUAUAGUUUUGGAGUAGUUCUUGUUGAGCUCUUAACCGGACAAGAACCACUUUCUUCAGCAAGUUUAAGAAGUGGCAUUGGUUUAGUCACACAUUUCAUUAUUUCUGUGGAAGAAGGCAAACUCUUUGACAUACUUGAUCCUCGAAUUGUGGACCAAUGUGAUAGAGAAGAAGUGAUGGUCGUUGCUAGCCUUGCAAAAAGAUGCUUGAACUUAAAUGGAAAGCAACGACCUACGAUGAAAGAGGUGACAGUGGAAUUGGAGGGGCUUAAAUUUCCACAAAAAGAUCACUUGAGUAUUCUAAGAAAAAGUGAUGAAUUUGAAUCCAAUCUCUGGGAUGCCUUCCCUUUUACAACAUUCUCAAAUUCUGAUAGUGGUACUGAUUUGUCUAUAUAG